CAGAAACAUUCACAACCAGGAACAGCUAUCUGCAAAACUGCUGCAAUUCCCUAUGGCCCAGCUGAGCCCAGCCCGCUUUCCGAGUGGCGAAGAGCGAUGACAGAGGACAGCAACUAGACUCUACACCCUUAAACAGGCGAUACAUUCUAUUGCCCGUACCACCACAAAGCCAGCCUCCCUCAGGGUCUGUCAGCUGGAACAUCCCCGAAGGCCCAAGAUGGCAGCUGCUGACCCCGGGGCUCACACAGAGAAUGUGGCACUGGUGGAGCUGAGAAAGGAGGCGCUGGAGCCCCCAGUGCAGAAGGUGGCCUGCGGCAGUGUCCAAGACAAGAAGCCAGGAGACCCUGAUGCUACUCUGCCCUGGGACCAGUCCCGGCACUCUUCUAUGAGUGAGGUGGCCACGGAGCCCACCACCCCAUCCCGCAAGGCACCUGAGACAGAGAAGAGGCCAAGCCCCGAGGGGAGCCGCAUGGGCCCCGAGCCGGGGCCUACUGGAGAGGAGGAGGUUUUCCCUGGCUCUUCCCUUCUGCGGGAGGAGGAGGAAGGCAACAGGAUGCCUGAGACGGCCGCGCAUGUUUUCAUCCCCAUCGAUCCCCACUGUAUCAAGAAGGCCCCCGGGUGCCGAGGCUCGGCAGGGGCCAGCGACUGGAAGAAGAAGCAGCAGCAGCUGGAGGAGGAGGCCAUCGUGUGCUGUGAGAAGGAGAACGGCGACCCCGAGAAGCUGGCCUUCCUGACCCCCGGCCCCCUGAGCUACCCCCCGCACUACGACGAGCCAGCUGGCUACGGCGGCGGCCAGACCAAGCCACUUUCCGAGAGGCUGCGGUGCCUUCAAUGCCAGGACUGCAGCUCUGCCAACCUCAAGGCCGUGGCCUCCAUGAUCGGGGCCAUGAUCAUCUUCCCCUGCUUCGUGUACGGGGCCUACGUCUUCCUGCCCUUCGAUGCCCCCCUGAUGCCAACCAUGAGCGCCCGGCUGGUCUACACCCUUCGCUGCGGAGUGUUCGGCACCUUCCCCAUCAUCCUAGGUCUGAUCGUGUACGGGGUCUCCCGCCUCUGCUUCUCCUCGGUGCAGCCCUUCGGGGAGCUGCGCAGGGAGGUGGAGAUCCACCGGCGCUACGUUUCCCAAUCCGUCUACCUCUUCAUCCUCUACUUCUUCAACAUUGCUGUGCUGGCCACCUACCUCCCUCAGGAAGCCCUGAAGCUCAUCCCGUUGCUCACGGGGCUGUUUGCCAUCUCACGGCUGCUGUACUGGCUGGCCUACGCCAUGGGUCGCUCUUUCCGCGGCUUCGGCUUCGGCCUGACCUUCCUGCCCCUGCUGACCAUGCUCCUGUGGAACCUCUACAGCAUGUUCAUCCUGGAGCCCGAGAACAUGUUCGCCACGGCCGCCAACGGCAAGCAGGACGCGCCGUCGGAGAAGCAGAGCCGGGCUGCAGCGCCUAAGCCGAGAUACUGGGGGUAAAGGACGGGACAAGGGGCUCUGAUGCUCGGCAGCAGGGAGAUGAAUUUGAUGGCGAUGAACAGGGCCCGGAUGGGGGGCUCGGCCGGGGCACCCACAUGUCAGCGCGUGAGUGCCCCGAUGCCCAAAUGGGCUGGUUUGCAGAAGCGCUGAGCAACCCCCAACUCCAGUUCCACCUGUGGCAGGCUCUGAAUCCCAAGCCUUAAGUGGAAGUGAGUGGACAAAUACAGACCUAAACCAUGGGCCCAACAGCGCCUCCUACUGGAAUCCAUCAAGCAAUUGAAUUCCACCAGCUAACCUGAUCAGCUGGCUUCAAAGGGUUAAUUCAGUCCUCCCUUUAACUUGAUCCAGACCUCAACUAGCUAUUUAUAUUCAAAUCAUCCUUUCUUCUGAGCACUUUAAGGCAGGUGCUCUUGGAUAAUUAGAUCAUGGAGCAACAGUCCCCUGGGAAUUUCAAGGAGAAGAAAGAUCCUUGCUAAUAAAAGAGGACUUCACUGAUAAGCCUUAUUAACUGCACUGAUAAAGGCAGCUUCUGAGUCAGGCUAACAGACUAGGGGGAUGUCUGUACGUGCAGCGCAGGUGAAGACGUUCUAUGCGGAUGGGAGAGAGCUCUCAGUCGGCAUAAAAACCCCACCUCUGUGAGUGGCAGAAUCUAUGUCGGCGGGAGAAGCUCUCCCGUGGACAUGGCGCUGUCUACAUAGGCGGGGGGCAGUUAUGUCAGUAUAGCUGUUGCUCAGGAGUGUGGAUUUUUCACACCCUGAGCGACGUAGUUAUACCAACACAGGUUUGUCGCGUAGAUCUGGGCUAACUCCGAGUGUCACAGCUAAAUACAAGGCGGAACAGAUUAUUUAACAUAACAUAUUUCAAGGGACCAUUCAAGGUGAAGCGGCCCGUUAACACCCCUCCAGUCCUAGGGAGGAAAGGAAUGGGGGGUGGGGAAGGAGUUAUUAGUGGAUUUCAGCUUGUUCGCAUAAGCCAUAAAUCCAGCGUCUCUAUUCAGUCCAUGAUUUUUAUUGUCUAGCAAAGUUAACGGGCCACAUCCCCUUGAAAUACGCAUUAACUACUUCUGUUCCGCCUUGUAUGUAGCUGUGACACCGGGUUCCCCAGACCUGAAGAACUCUGUGCAGCUGGGAAGCUGGUGUCUCUCACCAGCAGAAGUUGGCCCAAUACAAGAGAUUGCCUCGCGCACUUUGUCUCUCUAGACUGGAAUAAGCAGCCAGCGCUGUGGCACUAUGUUUUCACCCACUUUCUGGGUGGGGGACUUGGUUUAACUCAUCCUUGUCAACAGGAACGUGUGCAACAGUAGGGGCUCUUAGGCCAGACUGAUGUAUGGGCUUCCGGAUUGUGUAUUGAUUUUGGCAGGUUGCUGCCCUCUCUGAGGCUAACAGCUGUGGCUGGGGUUAUUUUCCUUUCGGUUGUGAAACACUACAAGGCAAACAGUGGAUGGAGGGCACAGGGGACAUGUGGAAUCAGUAAACAGCUUCUCCAGGCAAGUGGAAGAACAAGUUUCAUCAGUGGGUGGAUCAGGAUUGAUUGGUAUCGGGUCACUUUAUUUUACUUAACCCCGGGCUGGAGUGGGCAUUACUUAAUAAAGUCUUUUGCAACCAUUA